GAUCCAGAAGUUUUGUAAUAUAAUCACCGACAACCGCGUACUAGGGUUGUAUAAAAUGGAGGUCACUUUGUUCAUGGAUAUUCGUGUUAACAUUGAGCUACUUUUCAUUCUUUGAUUGAUUUGUUUUCUUUUUUGACAUGAAAAUGGGGCCUAUCGUCGUCAAUCUUCCUAGUGUUUUGUGUUUGUAUUUUAUGUACGUUUUAGGUACUUUUCCUGAGGGGAUUGCUGGUCAAGGCAAUGGCUGGACUAAUGCUCAUGCUACUUUCUAUGGUGCCAAUCAGAACCCCAGCACUCUUGGAGGAGCUUGUGGAUAUGACAAUACAUUUCAUGCUGGGUUUGGAGUGCACACAACAGCUCUGAGUGGCGCACUGUUUAGAAACGGAGAAGCUUGUGGGGCUUGCUACCAAGUAAUAUGCGACUACAAGGCUGACCCUAAGUGGUGUCUCCGGUGUGGCGUUGUGACUAUAACCGCCACCAAUUUCUGCCCUCCGAACAACAAUGGAGGGUGGUGUGACCCUCCCCGCCAUCACUUUGACAUGUCCAUGCCUGCUUUUCUUCGCAUUGCAAGACAAGGCAAUGAAGGCAUAGUUCCUGUACUAUACAGAAGGGUGGCAUGCAAAAGAAGAGGAGGGGUCCAUUUCACCUUAAGAGGACAAUCAAAUUUCAAUUUAGUAAUGGUUACAAACGUUGGAGGGAGUGGCGAUAUCAGGGCUGCAUGGGUUAGAGGGUCAAGAACAAGAACAUGGGUAGCCAUGCACAGGAACUGGGGUGCAAAUUGGCAAAGCAAUGUCGACCUACGAAGCCAGACGUUGUCGUUUAAGCUCACUUUGGUUGAUGGAAAAACACUCCAAUUCUUCAAUGUUGUCCCUUCAACUUGGAGGUUUGGACAGACAUUUUCUUCUCGAAAUCAGUUCUCUUAAUUUAAUUAAAAAAGAGAUCGAUAAUGAUAAUAAUAAUAGUAAUAAUAAUAAUAAUAAUAAUAAUAAAAAUAAAAUGAUAAUAAUAAUAGACAGUUAGAUGUCCAAAGAACUGCCAUUUUUGUAACGUUCAAGGACAUAUAGCUAACAUUAUUAUAAGUAAACAUCAUGUUCUAAAUUGAUUAAUGUUGUUUCUUAUUAUUUGUACACGCAAAUAGUUCCAAAAAAUUGGAGCUAUAUAUUGCUGUCUUUGUAUUUAAUUUUGAUUCAAUUACAACAAAGUCUAAUAAAGAAAAUUAUGAAUUAACAUUUUA